UUUCCUUUUUUUCAGUUGUGCAUGUACCUGUUUGAACACAGAAUUCCUCCAUAUAACAUCUAGCAACGGAAGCUGUGGCAGAUGCGGCAUUCAAAGCAAUCUCGUUGUCCUGAAUGGGACGACAGAAAGAGCUGGGAUCAAAGAAAGUACAGUAGCAGCCGUAAACGCAGGAAAAGGUCCCACAGCAGUGGACAAGAAAGCAAGCGCUAUAAACCAGAUCACGUUUCAGACAGUCAUUAUUUGGACGAUAGAGCCAUAAAUGAAAGAGACCAUCAUGACCGGAGAUAUGUUGAGGAAUACAGAAAUGACUUCUGUGAAGUGUAUGACCACAGACAUUAUCACAGAGACUAUGAAAAGAGUCACCAUCAUCACUAUAGCAAAUCCUCUGGUCGGAGCAGGAAAAGUAGUCAUAAAAGGAAGCAUAAGAGACACCAUUGCUCCAGUCACCAAUCGCAUUCGAAGAGUCACCGAAGGAAAAGAUCCAGGAGUGUAGAGGAUGAUGAGGAGGGUCACCUGAUCUGUGAAAGUGGAGACGUUCUGAGAGCAAGAUAUGAAGUUAUUGCAACUUUAGGAGAAGGAGCUUUUGGAAAAGUAGUGGAGUGCAUAGAUCAUGAUAUGAGAGGAAUGCAUGUAGCAGUUAAAAUUGUGAAAAAUGUUGGUAGAUACCGGGAAGCAGCCCGUUCAGAAAUACAGGUGUUGGAACACUUAAACACCAUGGAUCCAAGCAGCACUUUCCGCUGUGUCCAGAUGCUGGAAUGGUUUGAUCAUCAUGGCCAUGUUUGCAUUGUUUUUGAGCUACUGGGACUUAGUACUUAUGACUUUAUUAAGGAAAACAGCUUUCUGCCAUUUCAUAUUAAUGACAUUAGAAAUAUGGCUUAUCAAAUUUGCCAGUCUAUAAACUUUUUACACCAUAAUAAACUAACUCAUACAGAUCUCAAGCCUGAAAAUAUCUUGUUUGUGGAGUCUGAUUACAUAGUGAAGUACAAUGCCAAAAUGAAGCGAGAUGAACGCACUUUAAAAAACACAGACAUCAAAGUCGUUGAUUUUGGAAGUGCAACUUUUGAUGAUGAACAUCACAGCACAUUAGUGUCUACAAGGCAUUAUAGAGCUCCUGAGGUUAUUCUAGCACUGGGAUGGUCGCAGCCUUGUGAUGUUUGGAGUAUUGGUUGUAUUCUAAUUGAGUAUUACCUAGGAUUUACAGUGUUUCAGACACAUGAUAGUAAGGAACACUUGGCAAUGAUGGAAAGAAUACUAGGGCCUCUGCCAGCUCACAUGAUCAAGAAAUCCAGAAAGCAUUAUUUUCACCACGACCGAUUGGACUGGGAUGAACACAGCUCUGCAGGACGAUAUGUUAGGAGACGCUGUAAGCCUUUACAGGAAUUCAUGCAUUGCCAAGACACAGAUCAUGAAAAUCUGUUUGACCUUGUUCGCAGAAUGCUGGAAUACGAUCCAGUCAAAAGAAUUACUCUUGAUGAAGCCUUGCAGCAUCCUUUUUUCCACCCAUUAAGAAAAUAAAUGAAUUCAAAGAUCUUUAUGCUUCUCCAGGGAGAUUUCUUAGACUGUGUCAGUCAACGAGGUUGCAUGAAACUUUUGUAAACCUUAAAUUAUUUUGUACAGUUAAGUCUGUAAAUACUUACCUAUGUUUUGUAUAACUGUUACGUUUACCUUGUUGAACAGUUGUAGUCUUAGGGGUAUCAAAGUGAAAAAUAAAAGUAAUUUUCAUUUUUGAAAA